AUGUUUCAUACGACUCCAAUAUCUGAUUUGCAAUGCCAUUCAAUGAGAGAUAAUUCGAGAAUAAAAUCAGGCUCACCCGAGUGCUUUCAUCAGCUGAGUUCCGAGAGGCUGUUUUUGAGCCCUCAAUACAGAUAUCUUAUUCCUGAAAGCAAUGAGCAAUUCGAGCCUUCUCAUGAAUACUUUAAGACUUCUGAAAACUGCUACUUCAAUCAGGUGACAAAUCAAAACCCCUAUUUGGUACAUGAAAGCGUCCUCAAAACAAUAAAGUUGGAGUUUGCUUUGGAGGACUCUUAUAGAUCAAUUCGCCCUCAAAGGAACGAACAGAUUCGAAUUAGAAAGAGACGAAAACCGCAAGAAUGUGACUGGAAGCCAGAGUCCGUGUACAAAAUUUACGUUGAGUGCAAACCUGACUUCUUCGAAAAGACUGAUUAUCAAGACCGCAUUCCCAAUCGAUCUUGUUUUGGAAAGAUCAAUAUGAGAAUACCAAGGGCAUGGAGCCGAAAGCCCAAUAAAUCAAAGAAACGAAAGAUGUCCUCCUCGUCUGGGUCCGAAGCGACAUUUGACCGUGUCAAACACGAGCAUGCCAUAUACGAAGACUUGGCCCCUCCGCCUGAAACAAAUAGUUCAAUCCCCACGAACCUUGAUGAUGUUUUCUCGUUUGAUUUCAUGUUUGGACAACCGUCUUUUCGAGCUAGAGACGAGAUAUCCUCAAGUUCAACCCCUAUCUAUACUCUGUGA